GCAGAAUGACGGCUGGCUUCAUGGGCAUGGCAGUGGCGAUCAUCCUCUUUGGCUGGAUCAUUGGGGUGCUGGGCUGCUGCUGGGACCGAGGCCUUAUGCAGUAUGUGGCAGGGCUUCUCUUCCUCAUGGGAGGAACCUUCUGCAUCAUUUCACUGUGCACCUGUGUGGCUGGGAUCAACUUCGAGUUAUCACGCUACCCACGCUACCUGUAUGGACUACCUGACGAUAUUAGCCAUGGCUAUGGAUGGUCCAUGUUCUGUGCGUGGGGCGGCCUGGGCCUCACGCUUAUCUCGGGCUUCUUCUGCACCUUGGCCCCUUCUGUCCAACCUGUCCCCAGGACCAACUGCCCCAAAACCAGACCUGAAAAUGGGACAGUGUGCUAAAAAACAAAAACAAA